AUGCGAGUCGCCCAACGCGCAUUCCUGUUGACACAACAGAAGCCACACUGGCAUGGACGUACCAUCCCCAUCCAUCCACAUCAUAUCGCACGUUGGUCUUCUUCUUCUUCCUCUUCCUCUUCCUCUUCUUCGUUUGUGUCCUCCUUCUUUAGUGGAACUGUUGACUCAUCGCUGGUGGGUGCCCCGCGGCCGCCGCAUGAUGAAAAGGCGAAUCGCACACUCGCCGCACUCGCCUCAUUUCCACCGUCCCGCAUCCGCAACUUCGCCGUCGUCGCACAUGUGGAUCAUGGAAAGACAACAUUGUGUGAUGCCAUUCUGCGUCGCACGGGUGUACUCAGCGGCCAGCAGGUGGGAACAUACACAGAUCGUCUUCUCGUAGAGCGUGAACGUGGUAUUACAGUAAAGGCGCAGACCUGUUCCAUCUUUGUGAUGUACAAAGGUGAGGAGUAUCUACUCAACCUCAUUGACACACCUGGGCAUGUUGACUUCCAGUACGAAGUCUCCCGUAGUCUGAGUGCUUCCGAGGCGGCGUUGCUUCUUGUGGAUGUGGCGCAGGGUAUAGAAGCACAAACAAUGGCACACUUUCACGUGGCGUUAGAUCGCAAUCUUUAUAUUAUGCCAGUUCUCACAAAGAUGGAUGCGGUGCUGGAUGAUGUUCCAGUGGAACGUGCACUGCAGGAACUUGAGGACUCCACCGGUCUGCUUCGGCGUGAAGUACUCUUCACAAGCGCAAAGCAGCAAUUAGGGGUUGAGGCCCUGUUGAGUGCUGUUGUGGAACGCGUACCACCUCCAACAGGUAGUGUGGGUUUAUCCGAUACACGACAACUUCCUCCUUUUUUACCGGGAAGUCCAGAACGAAUUGCGAUGGAGGAGAAAAUGGUACCAUUACGUGCUCUUAUAUUUGAUUCGUGGACAUCUGAAUGUGGUGGAGGACUACGUCAUGCACAAACAUCUAGCAAAGGUAAUAAUAAUAAUAAUAGUAGUAGUAGUAGUGGUGGUGGAAGUGCUACAUCUACUAAAAAUGAGGAAAAUGGAGUUAUAUGCCUUAUUCGCGUUAUUGAUGGAACAUUAACUGCCAAAUCAGUGGUUUCAUUCUUUCAUUCACAAAAACGAUGUGAAGUACAAGAGGUAGGUAUUAUUCAUCCAGAAUUACGUCCUACAGCAGCCCUCACAGCAGGAAUGGUUGGUUACGUUGUUUUUCCACAACUACGCGGUGAGGACUUCUCAGUAGGUGAGACUAUUUACACACUACCAACAAAAAAAUUUAACCGUGAAAGUAUUGUUCCAGUAGCUGGUUUUAAACGUGUACAUCCAGUAGUAUUUGCAGGUUUCUAUCCAGAUGAAGGUGAAUAUGUUACCCAAUUACGUGAAGCAGUAGAAAAAUUACGUAUUAACGAACCAGCUGUCACACUUGAGCCACUUGACUGUCCUGCACUUGGACCAGGUCUACAACUUGGAUUCCUUGGUAUGCUGCAUAUGCAAGUAUUUCAGGAACGACUCCUUUUAGAGUUUGGACAGCGUGUACUUGUGACCCCACCGCAGGUACAAUACAAAUACCGUGAAACUGGUGAUGAUAGUCAAGAUGCACUGAAACCAUUGACCGUACAUUCAUGGCGUUGGCCGCAUGAAGGUGUGGCCUGUUAUUUGGAACCGUAUGUGACUGCCACUAUUCUCACACGACGUGAGUACUUUCAGGCGAUUGAUGGAGAGGCGGUGCGUCGCUUUCGUGGAGAACAACUGGAUAUGCGUGUGUUGGAUGAUUCCCGUGUAGUGGCUCGAUAUAAGAUGCCACUGGCUGAUCUCGUGCGGGGUUUCUUUAGUGUGGUGACGAGUCUCUCACACGGUUACGCCUCACUUGACUAUGAUGAUGCCGUGUAUGAGGAGGCUGAUCUCGUGAAGGUGGAUGUACUCGUGCAGAAGUCUCGAGUCUCGGCGCUUUCUGUUAUUUGUCCACGACAUGAGGCGCCGGCUGUCGGUCGUCGUAUUGUCUCGAGUCUCAAAUCAAAUCUCACGCGUAGUGCGGUGGAUGUCCCGCUGCAGGCGAUGAUUGGCGCGAAGAUUGUAGCCAGAGAGACAGUGAAGGCAUACCGCAAGGACGUCACGGCGAAGAUCCACGCAGGCGAUAUUUCACGCAAACAGAAGAAGUGGAAUGAUCAGAAAAAGGGAAAGGAACGCAUGGCACGACGCACCGUGGGUCCAGUUACACUUGAUCAGUCCGUUAUUGCUGCCGCAAUGGGUGCCACCACACUGUAA